AUGGACUUUGGUAAGUCCGUCUUCAAACGCAUAGACUUCAUCGGGUCGCUGCUGUCCAUCGGAUCGGCUGUCUUGUUGCUGUACGGACUUCAGACCGGAGGCGCAGAGCACCCGUGGAGCGACUCUAGGAUCGUUGGAACUGUUGUGGCAGGCGGUGUUGCCGUCGUGCUUUUCUUCCUUUACGAAUGGUUCAUUCAGCGUAACUCGGCCGCCGUCAUCGAGCCGGUCAUGCCUUUCCGUCUCUUCAAGAUUCCGAGAGUUACUUUUCUAUUGCUUACUGCCUUCUUCCAAGGCGCCGUAUUCUACGCGGUCGUUAUCGUUCUCCCACAACUGAACCAGCUUGUCCAUCUAAACUCCGCCACAAUGGCAGGCAUUCGAUUACUACCACUUCUGCUGGUGUCAUCCUUCUGCUCCAUGCUUUCGGGGAUAGCGCUGUCCAGGACGACUCGCUACGGCUGGUACACCAUCACCAUUAGCACUAUUCUCGUCGUCCUGGGCGUGGGCCUCCUUGUCGAGAUGCCGUUCAGCGAGAAGGUCUUAGAUAGAUACUACGGCUAUGGAGUUAUCAUCGGCGUCGGCAUGGGGACUGCAGUCCCUAUUCUCAUGGUCAUGGGAAGAGUAGAGGUUGAAGAUCGAGAUAAUGCUGCCAUGAUGGGUGCCUUCAAUACCAUUCGUACGAUGGGAGGUUGCAUCGCCAUAUCAGUCUGCUCCGCAAUCCUGCACAGCGAGAUGCCAAAGCGUCUGGAUACGUUGCCGGAGGAUGUAAUGAGGCCACUCCUAGCUUCGCCCACCACGGUGUUGCCCCAGCUGGAGAAACCUGUCGCGUUGAUGGUGCGCAAGACUUAUAACGAUGUGUAUCGCUUGCAGUUCAUCGCGGUGACCGUCUUUGCGGCUGCUAUGUUAGUCUUCUCUGUACCGCCCCCCUUCCUUUCGGCAAGAUCAACGGCUUCGGAGAAGAACGAGGAAGAAAGCAGGGAGCGAGGAACAGAGACUCUCGAAGAGAAGCAAAAUGCCGUCUAG